CCCGGCAUCUUGCCGAGACCAGAGUUGCUUUUGCUCCAGAGACUGCUCCUGCGCCGGCCGGCUCGGAAGGAAGCUCAGCUCCGCAAUGACUGCCAGCUCAGCCGAGGAGCUGCGGAAGGAGGGCAACGAGCUGUUCAAAUGCGGGGAUUACGAGGGUGCCCUGACCGCCUACACCCAGGCCCUGAGUCUCGGCGCGACGCCCCAGGACCAGGCCAUUCUGCACCGAAACCGGGCUGCUUGCCACCUCAAGCUGGAGGAUUACAAUAAAGCAGAAUCAGAGGCGUCUAAAGCCAUCGAAAAGGACGGCGGUGAUGUCAAGGCGCUUUACCGCCGAAGCCAAGCGCUGGAGAAGCUGGGCCGCCUGGACCAGGCUGUCCUUGAUCUGAAGAGAUGUGUCAGCCUGGAGCCCAAGAAUAAAGUUUUCCAGGAAUCCUUGAGGAACAUUGGGGGCCAAAUUCAGGAGAAGGUGCGGUACAUGUCCUCAACAGAUGCCAAAGUUGAGCAGAUGUUUCAAAUACUGCUGGACCCCAAAGAGAAAGGCACAGAGAAGAAGCAAAAGGCGUCUCAGAACCUUGUGGUACUGGCCCGAGAGGAUGCAGGAGCUGAGAAGAUCUUCCGGAGCAAUGGGGUUCAGCUCCUGCAAUGCCUGCUGGACACGGGAGAGACCGACCUCAUGCUGGCGGCCCUGCGCACACUGGUCGGCAUUUGCUCCGAGCACCAGUCGCGGGUAGGUGGUGUGGAGAGGUCUAGUUAUUGCUUCAGUCUGUCUGUCUGUCCUUUUGUCUAUGAAUUCCACCUACCUGUCUACUCUUCCACUCCUCGUCUUCUCCAAAAAUAGUUUAAAGCACAGAUAGGAGCUAUACAGCUAUGGGGGAAAAAAAAAGAACAGAAAAGACAAAUAUAAAUUAGGAUGGAGU